AUGGGUCCUCAGACACCUUAUGGAGCUUUAGCUAUGUUAUUUCUAUCAAAAAUUACAAGACAUUACAAUUUAACUGAGAAUUUUAUUUUUCACAAAUACAAAAAGGAAUUUUGUCAACAGAUAUCAGAUCUUAUUAUAUUUUACCAUUGUAAUAAUUUUAGUCUGGGAGAUAUCACAUUUAAAGUAACUCGAGCUUUUGGUUUUAAAGGUCAUCGGGACUUUUUCUCUAAAGAAAUUCAUCACAUUCUUCCUUGUCUGAUUCCUUGGUUUAUUAAGGUACCUCAAUCGCAACCACUUUUAACAGAAAUUGCAAGGCUUGUGCAGAAGGGACCUUCCACCCUACUGUCGGAGUUAUUUUUCAAAAUUUAUCCUAUAAUAUAUUUGAAUGAAUCAUCAACUAUGACUAGUAAUAUUAUGAAAUUUAUUACAAAAAUUACUCAUUGUUCAGAAAGGGAUUUGAAAAGAAAGGACUUUAGGAUGAUGAUAAGUGAAUUAAUUGUUCAUUAUCAUUCAAAUAAGGAAGCUGUUAUAGCUGCUUGUGAAAAUUUAGCCAGUAUUGAUCCUGACUAUUCAAAAGAUGACGAUUGUUUUGUAGUUGAUGGACCUCUUUCACAAGUAAUUGAUUUUUUGCAUCCAAGAUUUUUGGGAGUUUUGGGUAUAUUUGGAAGUCAAUUGGUCAAUAGUCAAGUAGCAGAUUCUGUUAAACGUAAAGUAUUGGAGAGUUUAACGGAUUUGAUUGAACUAAUGGGAGAUAAAUACAUUACACCUUUGCGUUUUAAGGUAAUGGCUACACUUAGAUCAGCAUUAUCUUUGAAUGUUAAAGAAUAUGGUCCGCUGCAUAUAAAUGCUUGGAAUGCAUUCAUUCGCACUGUGAAUAUUCAAUCUUUAGGAUCAUUGCUUAGUACAAUAUUUGUUUCUUUAACACCCUUAUUAGAUCAUUAUUAUACUGAAGUAAAUAACUUGUUUAGUUUCUUGGUUAUAAAUCAUGAAAGUCUUUUAAGUUCUUUUAUGCCAGACCUAUUUUUUAUAUCUGAACUAAAUAUUGAUGAAAAUAUUAAAAUGAUAGUCCAUUCGCACAUUCAACAAGUUAAAUCGGAUAGUAUGAUUGAAAAUUUAAAACUAUUGUUAAAGCAAGUGAAACAUGAAGAUAUAGAAGUGCGGCAAUAUGCACUUCAGUAUGUCACCAAACUGUUAUCAGAUAAUAAACAAGAACUUAAUGAUGCAAUUCUUAGUAGUGAUAUGAUGAAUCCAGUAAUCGUUGAAUUGAUAGAUGCACUUGUAACCGGAACUAGAGAAAGUGAGACUUUAAAGUUGGAUUACGCAAGGUGUUUAGGAGAGUUGGGUGCAAUUGAACCAAGUCACUUACCCCGAAGAUUUGAGGAUACCUCUGUCUUUACAUUUAGUGCAACAGAUGACACAUUUGCUAUAUCUGCUCUUAUGGAACUAUCAAGAGCCUUGCAGUUUGAAAAGCAUACCAAGUUUAUGGAUAACUUUGCUGUGGCUAUCCAAGAAAUUUUGAAGUUUUAUAAAAUAUCUCCAACUGAGAAAAAAGCAAUUUGGGAAUCUUUACCAGAAAGCAUGCAAGAAGUUAUGCUUAUAUUACUUUCAUCUCGUUAUGUUGUUCAACCUAGUAUGUCACCUGAUCGGAUACAUCCCAUAUUCGGGUCGAGUGGUGCAUCCACAUUUAGUAAAUGGGCAUUUAUUUGGGUUAGUGCUUUGAUUCCUCAAAUAGCAAACAAAGAUAUUAGUGUUUUAUUCAGUUCCUGCAAACCAAGUUUAAACAGAGAUUUAAGGACAUUGAUAUUAUUCCUACCAUAUAUAAUUCUUCAUGUUUUAUUUGGAAAUAAUGAUGAAGUCAAUACCCAAAUUUUUGAAGAAAUGCAGACAAUAAUCAACAUAAAACCUCAUUCUUACAAAACUAUUCAAAACAAUAAGCAAGAUAAAAAAUAUUUGCCAACUAUUGCACUGGAUCCAAUAAAAAAAUCUAAACCUAUAGAAGAAGAUACACAUAUAAAAUGUUGUAAAACAAUAUAUGUGCUCAUUGAUUUCUUAGAAAGAUGGGUUCGAGAAUGGGUUCAUGUAAAUUGUCCCAGAGUGAAGAAUCCUUUAGACAAUCUUCAUUACAAAGCAAUAUAUAAUUUUGUGAACAAAUUUGAUAAAAGUGUUUUGUCCAAAGGAAAUUUUGAAUGUGAGGAAUAUUCAAGGGCCCUUCUGUAUUUGGAGUGGUAUUUAGAAGAAAAUGAAGAAAAAAUUAGUUCAUAUUUGUCAGAUCUAGCAAAUAUUUAUGCAAAAUUAGAUGAAGGCGAUGCUGUUGCUGGUAUACUUUCUAUAAUGGAACAUGAACCAUCUCUACAAGAUCAAAUAUUAUUCCAUGAGGUUACAGGCCAAUUGCAAGAUGCAGCUGCUUGUUAUGAAAUAAAAGCACAAGAAAUAAGUUUGGAUCGUGAUUUAAUGCUGGGAAUGAUUCGAUGUUAUCUGGGAUUAGAUCAACCUUAUAUGGCAUAUAAGUUGGCUCACAGCGUUUCUAUGAUAGAAGAUGAAAUUGGAUGUUCCAUUACUGAAAGUUUAGCUGAACCUUUAUGGAGAUUAGGAAAAUGGGAUGAUUUGUCUGAACUUUUGGUUAGAGAAGAAGUCAAGGAAAGUCCAGAAUGGGGAGUACGGUUUGGUCAUGCUUUACUUUCGUUUAAAAAUAGACAAAGAAAUGAUUUUAAAAUGGAAUUGGAUACAAUGAGGACUAACUUAAUGUGUAAUUUAACUAAUGUUACAAUGGAAAAUGGAGCUUAUCAACAAGCAUAUCCACAUAUUAUUAAAUUGCAUAUACUAAAUGAGUUUGAAAGUGUUGACAGCUUAGUUCAUAUGGUAACAAAUUGUAAAAGCAAUGUUGAAAUUUUAAAAGCUGUCCAUAACCUUCUGAGUAAUUGGGCUGUUAGAUUGAACAUUUUGGAGUCUACUGGUACUACUGUCGAACCGGUGUUAUGUGCAAGAAGAAUAUUUUUGGAACAAGCUAAAGUGAUAAUGGCUGAUCGAGAAUGUAUUGUAAAUAAUAUAUUAGAUGAAUUUAUUGCAAAAUCUUGGAUAAAUAGUGUAAGAUUAGCACGAAAAGCUGGAUUAUACCAACAGGCAUAUACAUAUAUUUUAAAUGCUGAAAUGUAUAAACCAAAAGAACUUUUUGUGGAAAAAGCUAAGUUGCUCUGGCAGAAAGGUGAGCAAUCCUCGGCGAUUCGUGCCCUUGUAAGAGGAGUUGAUGAACAAUUCCCAGACUUAAAUAAAUUUAAGACUGCAUCCAGUGGAGAAAUAAUAGCUGACAGAAAAUUAUGUGCUGAAGCUAAGUUACUAAUUGCAAUUUAUAAUGAUGAUUCGGUUAAUGUUGGAACUGAAGAAAACUUAACAAACUAUAAAACUGCUGUUGAUGUCUUUAAACACUGGGAAAAAAGUUUAGUUUAUCUUGCACAAUAUUAUGAUAAAGUGUAUUCAACACUUGGUGGUGAUGAAACUGAGAACAGAUUUACAGAAUCUCCGCGCCUCAUUAUACAUUUUUAUGGAAAUUCUUUAUACUUUGGUUGCCAUUAUAUAUAUCAAUCAAUGCCUAGAAUGCUAAGUGUAUGGCUGGAUUAUGUUGCUUCAGAUAAAGAUCCAUCCAAAACGACACUAACCAAAAUAACAGCCAUGAUUGCAAAUUUUGCUGAAAAGUUACCCACAUUCAAAUUUUUCACAGCUUUCUCCCAGUUGGUUUCAAGAAUUUGUCAUCCACAGCCAGUCGUUUACACACAACUUAAAGAAAUAUUAAUUAAAAUAAUACAAAGGUACCCACAACAAUCACUUUGGAUGAUCCUGUGUGUUUAUAAAUCCAGUUAUGUUCAGCGGUAUAAGAGAUGUGCCGAAGUUCUGCAAGAUCCUAGAUUAAAUGGUACAGAUACUGCGAAAUUGAUCAACGAUUUUAAUAUAUUGGCAGAAAAAAUGAUUGAUUUAACAAAUAAGACAAUCCCGAAUGGCUUGCAAGAAACAACAGUAGCUGCAAUAAAUAGACAUAUUCAGAAGACAUUCUUAGAUCCACAAUUCAGUCAAAUCAUGAUGCCAGUACAAGAGUUUCGUAAAAUGGUUAUGCCGUCUCAAGAAUAUUAUGACAGUAAAAGGAAUAGAAAUGACUUCAAUGCAUUUCCCAAUAAAAUGGUUUAUAUAACUGGAAUACAAGAUCGAGUGAUAAUUCUUGCAUCAUUGCAAAAACCAAGGAGAAUUUCUUUAAAAGGAUCUGAUGGUAAAAAUUAUAGCUUACUAUUAAAGCCAAAGGACGAUUUGAGAAAAGAUUUCCGUUUGAUGGAAUUCAAUACUAUUGUUAACCAAUAUUUACACAAAAAUCCUGUUGCAAGAGAAAGAAGAUUGAAAAUUAGAACAUAUUCUGUUUUGCCAUUAAAUGAAGAAUGUGGAAUUAUUGAAUGGAUUUCUAAUGUCAUACCAUUGAGACCUGCGCUAAUCAAAAUAUAUAAGGAAAAGCAAAUUUACACAAAUGCAGAAAAAUUGAAGGCUAUGUGGGUUCCAAAGGAAAGUCUGGAUAUCAAAAGAAAAGUGUUCUUAUCAUUUUAUAUUAAAAACCAUCCACCAGUGUUCUCAGAAUGGUUUAGAUUGAAUUUCCCUGAUCCACAUGGAUGGUAUCAGGCCAAAUGUGCUUAUAUCCGUACUACUUCUGUCAUCUCUAUGGUUGGAUAUAUUUUAGGCUUAGGAGAUCGUCAUGGUGAGAAUAUUUUGUUUGAUUCGACAAAUGGUGACACCAUGCAUGUUGAUUUUAAUUGCCUUUUUAAUAAAGGCUUAGCUUUUGAAUAUCCAGAACGGGUUCCAUUCCGAAUGACACAUAAUAUGGUGAAGGCUAUGGGGCCUACAGGUGUCGAAGGAAUGUUCAGGAAAUCAUGUGAAAUUACAAUGAAUAUAUUGAGAGCGCAACGAGAAACAUUAAUGUCUGUGUUAAGACCUUUUGUUUAUGACCCUUUAUUGUCAUGGAGUUCAAGAUCUAAUAAUACAUCAAAGUCAGUAUCCACUGAGAGAAUGGAUAAAGAAUCUAUGCGAUCUGUGGAGAAUAUUGAAAAAAGACUGAAAGGCAUUGUGCGUGUUAGAAGUGAUCAGUUGGAAAGCACAUUAUCCUGUGAAGGUCAGGUGAACUAUUUAAUACUCGAAGCAACCAGUAUUGAUAAUUUAUGUCAAAUGUAUAUAGGAUGGGGACCAUAUUUAUAAUUAUUUUAUUG